AAUACAAGAAUAUAAAUACCCUCGUGAUCAUUUAUUUUUUGUAUUAGUGCAAAUUUAGCUGGUUUAAGUACACUAGACUUAUCUCUACGUGAAGUUUUCCAGGAAAUUACUAAUUAUGAUUGCCAUAUCAAGUGCUUCAGUAUUUUGUUUAUUGGUUUCCCAUGUCUUAACUUUUCCUAGUCCUGGCGGACAAGGCCAAUGGCCAAAUCCUCAAAUGGGAAUGAUGGGAAAUGGUCAAAACCAAAGAUUUGGUAAUCAGGACUUUAGUACUAGUCAAAUGCAAAGGGGUCAACGAGGAUUUGAUAAUUAUGGUGGCGGUAAUAACUUUGGACAAAAUGGUUUCCCACAAAAUCGAGGUGGACAAUGGCAAGGACAAGGAGCUGAGGCCUAUAAGGUUAAUGUCUACAAUGAACCCGAUCGAUAUGGGUAUGAUUACACUAUUCCUGGAGCCAACGUACAUUUUAUGAUGCAUAAAAAACAAGGAAACCGAGGAUCCGGGAACUAUGGUGGAAAUCAAGGUAGAAUGUAUUAAAAAUAUUAAAUUUUCAUAAAAUAAAACAUAUUAAUACAAAUAAGUUUACCACGAAUCAAAUAUUAAUAUUUAAUACGAAUUUCAUUUUUAUUACAUUUAUCACAGUUUUUAUAAUAUUAUUAAUCUUUAUACCUUUGUAUUUUUUCUAAUCAAAUAUCAUAUUGAAAUGUAUAAAGAAGUAAAAUAAAUA